UUUCCGAGGUACAAAAGUGCACAACGGAAGGUGUCAAUUAAAUGGUAACGAUUCCGAGUGAUCUGUCGCGCUUUAUUUCGAUAUGAAAAAAAUCCCAAAAUUUGACAGGUAUAAGUCCAAACUUUCAAAUUUUUAUAAAUUAUGGAAUUUUUAGACAUUUUAAAACUUGAGCGGAUUCACAACCACUAGGCUACGCGUUGAAAACAAUAUUUUUUAUUCCAUGUUCUAUGGGACCACUUUUAAUAUCCUAAAUGGAUGUUUUAUUUUUUAUUCAAGCUGGUGAAUUUGAUUAAUGCGAUUGAUAAUGUUGGGAUUUUGAUGACUACGUGAUUGAAUAUCGAUAGGUAUCUAAACUAUACCCUAGACCUACAUAGUACGUACAUAUGUAGUGUAGGCCUGUUUGAGUAAGUACAAUGAAAAAUUAGGUAUAAGAGAAGGGAACGUGAAGAAAAAGAAUUUCACCAAAGGAGAGCUUCGUAAUGAGAAGGUAGGUUGAGAUACAUGAGUCUUUCAAAGUUUCGAAACAUCCUUCCCGGAAAAUCCUGAUUUCAUUUUACCUAGAUAUAGUUUUCAAAAACGCAGGAUAGUCCUCAACGAACUUCACUGGGCCGAUCCUCAAGUUGUAGGUUUGUAUGAUUUGUUUCAUUCAUCAGAAAUCAGAAUGUUCAUAAGUACCUAAACCUAUACAUUAUGUGCUACAUACGUACAACUUAAUUUCGAAAUUUGCCUUUUCUGGGCGAUUUGCAGAAACAGAAUCCUGUAAAAAUUUUAAUCAUGAUUUUCCCGAAUUUUUCCAAGAUGAGAUGUAGAUGACUGUGAAGGUAGAUUCAUGCAGCGAAUCAGCGAAUUGCAUAUUUUUAUGGAAAUUAUCCCCAUCCCCUCCUAGACUGUUACUUUCCAACGCAACCGCACCCGCACCGGCCUACCUACUGCCCUGUCGUGUUUUAUUUUUCUCGCUAUCAUCUUAUCACUACUUUGUGAUCGUGAAGCUGUCAGAAACCGUUAAAAAUUAUAAAAUUUUGCUACGAAUAUCAAUAAAUAAAUUAAUCUGCUUUCCUCAUGAAAUAACCCUUUAUUUUGACGUGAUGGAAAGUUUGGAAGAACUUCGUAGUGAUCAUCCGAUCAUGGAAUCAACUAAAUCGGAAGAAGAAACUGUUAAUUUGGAGUAUUUUGGGAGAUACCUAACUAAUGAAUACGAGAUUUUGGAAAGAACUCUUUCUUAUUUGAAUAUCAAUGACUUGAUAAGUGCUUCACACGUUACAAGUUCCUGGAAACAAGUUUGCGAACGUUUACUGGAGAAAAGAAAAAAUUUACGAUGGCACAUUCGUUGUAAAUGCGGCGCGUUUCGGGGCCAUAACUUCAAGAAUAAAAUCAACUUCAAGUCAUCGUUAGCUUUAGGAUUUCAGUUAACCAACUCAAAAGAUGAGAUUUUGAACGAUUUAAUGGAGAAUGAGUCUUAUUUGUGUCGUAGUUCAAUAGCUGAUGAUCUUGCCAAAGGAUCGAAUAUUCCGGGUGUGCAAGACGCGAAUAUGUUCAUUAUUAAAAGUUGCAAAUUGGAAGUUCCUUAUUACACUGAGAAAAAUGAACUUAAGUUUCUUGAUAAUGCUGAGGCGUGUCUACUUUUUCCUGAGUUAGAAGGUUUUCAAGUUCAUGUUGAAACUUAUUCCCCCAGCGAAGAAUGUGAUAAGCUGUUUUCGUAUCCAUCCAUAAAAGCUUACUCAGCCGUUCAACAACCUCUGUUGCUAUGGCGGGUGGCAUUUUUGAAAUGGUAACAAAGUUUUCUAAGAAAAGACGAAUAUGGAAACUGGAAGACAACCUUGUGAAUGUGUUCUUCUGCGGUGAAAAUAUUACUUGCUAUUCAAAUAUCCUGAUUCAAAAAGAUAAAAAAUACGUGGAAAAUUUCAUG